CUCACCCUCCUCUAGGGUUUAUCCAUCGCCUCCGCACCCACCUUCUUCAUCUCCACCACCCCUCCCACACCCACCGCCGCCGCGCGGCCACCGCCGACCCCGUCCGCAAUCUUGGGCAUCGGUUUCCGAGCCGUCCGGGAUGGUGUACGGAUCUGCCACCGCCGCGAAUGCGCAGGGCGCGGAGCUCCACGCCGACAUGCAGAAGCUGUCCCUGGAGGGGAAGAAGGACGGCGCCGACGCCGCCAAGAAGCCAUACGGGUCAGGCAACGCCGGCAAUUCGCAGGCCGUGGAGCCGCACGUCGACAGGUCGAUAACGCCCCUGCUCCAGGAGGCCAUGGAUCCCAACUUCUUCUACCAGCCCAAUGGAUACCCCUCACCGGCCUACUACUACCCUAGCGGUUAUGAUGGCUCAACCAAUGAGUGGGACUCCAGGUAUGCUGGUCAUGAAGGAAUGGAGAUGCCCCAGCAGAAUGUGUAUGGUGACAUGUACCAUGGGUAUGGUUAUGCUCCAUAUGGCCCGUAUCCAUCCGGUUCUCCUGUCCCAUCUACCGGGCAUGACGGGCAGUCAUAUGCAACACAGCAUUACCAGUACCCUGGUCAAUACUAUCAGCAGCAGGCUCCCACCAAUGCGGUCCAUAGUGCUAAUGGCGCCAAUUCUCAAUCUGAGUUGCCUUCUGUUGCCGCUCACCAGGCGCGUGCUCCGGUAGCUUCAGCAAAACCAAAUAAUGGGACUGCUAGUGGGAUUGCAAAUGCCAACAGUUCGCUACCCCGCAAGCAAACUUACCAGAAUGUAUCGGUGACCAACAGUGGUUCGUAUGGAAGAGGGCCUUCACAUGGUGGACCUUCUGCUAGCAAUUUUGGUCACAGUGGUGUCCGUUCUCCAGGUCAGUGGUACGAGGUGCCAGUCUACUCUAGUGGGCAUCAGAGAUCAACUGCUAGCUCCACGUCUUAUGGUUCUAAUUCGUCUUCAGCGAAAAAUCAGAGUCACCGUCCAACAGCAAACCUCAUGGGUAUGCAUACACAGGUGCCUUCGUCUGGGAUGGGCCUGAGCUCUCAUAGUUAUCCUGCUAGUAGGAUGUACCCUGAUAGCAGAUUAUAUAGUCAGUACGGGAACACGCUGAAAUCUGGGCUUGGUUUUGGAUCUAAUGUCUAUAACUCGAGAAACAAUGGACAGUGGGGAGUCGUGGAUACCGUCAAAUACAAGCCUAGAGGCCGGGCACCUUUUGGGUUUGGCAGUGAGAAUCAAGAUGGCUUCACUGAGCUUAACAGAGGACCAAGAUCUGGUGGAUUCAGGCACCAAAAACCAUUUGGACCAACUGUCACUAUUGCUGUGAAGGGCCAGGCCCUCCCUUCAGCCGGGAAACAGGAGAAUAGUGUCCUUCCAGAUAAGAGCCAAUUCAACCAGGAAAAUUUUCCUACAACAUACAAGGAUGCAAAGUUCUUCGUUAUCAAAUCUUACAGCGAGGAUGAUGUGCACAAGAGUAUCAAAUAUAAUGUGUGGGCAAGCACUCCUAAUGGAAAUAAGAAGCUCGAUGCUGGAUACCGAGAAGCUCAGGAGAAACCCACUGAAUGCCCUGUGUUCUUAUUUUUCUCUGUAAAUACAAGUGGCCAAUUUGUUGGUAUUGCCGAAAUGGUUGGUCCUGUUGACUUUGACAAGACAGUGGAUUACUGGCAACAAGACAAGUGGAAUGGCUGCUUUUCAAUCAAGUGGCACAUCGUCAAGGAUAUCCCUAACAACAUUUUGAAGCAUAUUACAUUGGAAAACAAUGACAAUAAGCCUGUGACAAACAGCCGUGACACACAAGAGGUUAAGCUUGAGCAAGGUCUUCAAAUGCUCAAGAUUUUCAAGGAACAUGUCAGCAAGACCUCAAUUUUGGAUGAUUUUCCAUUUUACGAGAACAGACAAAAUUUGAUGCAGGAAAAGAGAGCAAAGCAGCAGCUGCUUCAAGGCCAGGGCGGUGAUGAGAAAGAGAAGAAUGCAGUUAAUGGGAAUCCCGCAGCACAAAACCAGACAUUGAGCAAGGAGAGUACCGCCCCUGUUGCUGGGGAAGAGCUGAACGCUUCCAAACCUGCAGCUGAAAGUGGCGCUGUGAACGGCAAUUAGCGCAUUAUAUUUCGUACGCCUAUUGCUGUAACAUGGGACCCAUCACGCAAAACUCUAUAGUGUCUGCAAAUCGAGUGCGUGGAUCGUACCUGGGAAACUAAAUUUAGGUCGUGUGACUGCCAGCGUUAGGUCACUUAUAUACCUUGCGACAUUUGGGUUCUUAUAUGACCCUUUUCUAUUUCCCUUUCGCAGUCUUGGUUUAGUAUUUUCAGCUAUUUGUUAUUGUUAGCUAAGCAUCAAAUUUUCGGUACAUCUGGACAACAUUAAGGUAGUAGUUUUUUUGAGUGUUGCGGUACUUGAGAAAGUAAUAAGAACAACGAACUCCUGGUUUUCUGGUC